GCGGAAUGUGUUCCACAUCGGUGCUGUGUCCGCUGUGCGCGGUGCCCAGUUUCGGGAGUAUUGACGCACUGCAGCAGAGGCUGAUCAAGGCGGCCAACGGACCACUGACCUGUCCCUUCGCCAAUUGCAAGGAGCUUUUCCUGGGCUUGGACAAGCUCACCAUCCACCUGUUUUCGCACACCAGUCUGAUGGGCGAGGAUGCAGUCACGAGCCCUGUUAGUGUCCAGCCCGUUCCGCCCUUGGUUGCCGUAGCUGCUCCCAAGAAGAGGGUUAAAAGAGCCAAGAGCAAACCCAUUGUCCCGCCCCCGCCACCUGUUCCCCCAACUCCGCCCGCCAAUUGUGACAUUUGUGAAUUCAGUUUCCGGAACAGCGAGCUGAGGGACAUGCACAUCCGGUUGGUUCACGAAAAUGCAGAAGGAGAGCAAAAGGCAAAGGAGCCGCAACAGGAGGAGACUGAUCAGGAGCCCUACAAGUGUCAUCUGUGCUCCAAGACGUUUCGCAUGAAGGGCUCACUUCGAAUACACCUGAAAGUAGUGCAUAUGAUGGGAGUGCCCUGCUCCAAUCCCAGCCCCGCACCCACCGCCACUGCAGUUAGCCCCUCGCCCAAGCUGAGCAUUUGCGAUCGCAUCCGGCACAAGGAGGCGGGCGCCUCGGGAAGCGCCAACUCAACGUCCACCAGCACGCAGCCCUAUGCCCUGAGUGGGGCACUCAGCAUGCUCCAGCAAUCCCCCAGUUCACCGGAAUCAUCGGGUACGGCCACCCCAAAGUUGUGGGAGUGCGAUGUGUGCUCCAAGUCCUUCACCACCAAGUACUUCCUGAAGAAGCACAAGCGGCUGCAUACCGGCGAGAUGCCGUAUACGUGCGCGAUCUGCGCCAGGACCUUCACCUUCCAGCAGUCGUACCACAAGCAUUUGCUCUACCACAGCGAGGUGAAACCGCAUGUCUGCGGGGUUUGUGGACGAGCCUUCAAGGAGCUGUCCACGCUGCACAACCAUCAGAGGAUUCACAGCGGGGAGAAGCCUUUCAAGUGCGAGGUGUGCGGCAAGUGCUUCCGGCAGCGGGUGUCCUUUCUGGUCCAUACCCGCAUCCACACGGGGGUGAUGCCCUACAAGUGCGAGCUCUGCCAAAAGACGUUCAGGUACAAGGUCAGCCAGCGCACCCAUCGAUGUCCCACCGAGGAAGCCCAGACGCCGGAGCAGCUGAUCAAGGCCUUCCUGGAGGGGCACGACUCGCCCACUCAGCCCUCGCCGGCGAGCGUCGAAAUAGCUGCCAUCAACAGCGGCUCGAUGGCGGAUCCCGAACAGGAGGCGCUGCUCUCGCAGUCCAUCGACGACAUUGUGGUGGAGCAGUGCCAGAAACUGGGCAUCUGUGGCGUGGAGCCGAGGGAGGAGCAAGGCCAUCUCGUAUGCCUGCAGCCGGUUGCGGUGCUGCACUUCAACGAGAACGGUUCCCCCAUUCAGCAGCUCCAGAACCUGAGACUCUACUCGCCGCAGCAGACGGAGCUGCCCAAUUCUGACGGAGAAGUCUUCCAGCGCUUCCUGAUGGACGCCACGUAGCUGGAGCAUAAGUAUCUGGAUAUUUAUUUACACCUUGUUUAGCAUUCGGUAUACGGAUAUAUCAAAUAGCACCAAGCAAUGUUCUGCGCAGAAUUCUUCGAAGGAUCGAAAAAUACAUCGAUGUCCUAGAUUUAUUGGCUUUUUAGUCUACUAUUUGGAUUGUUCUAAACCGCCUAUUUAAUUUUGGAUUCCAAAUAAAUUUUACCU